AUGGCUGGUAUGAAUAGUAGUACCACUGCAGCACCACCAUUUGAAAAUGGCAAACCCUUUGAAUUCCAAUUUUGGGCCCGCAAAGAAGGACAUGUCGGUACGGGUGACUUGCCAGGCCAUUUACUGGCCGCCGCCAUUUACUUGGCACUCGGUGGCAGUCUGUUGGGGCGAUGCUUUGACCGAGCCAAACGAGGACAAUCCAUACAUCUUUCGUCGCCGUUUGCCCUGCACCGCACCGGCACCGUCAUGGUCUGGGUCUGCAGUAUCGGAGUGCUGGAACAAAUGGCCUUUGGUGCCUUGAUCGAAACCAUCUCCCCUUCUCCCUUUAAAUUCUUGCCGCAUUUGGUCAUGUAUUCUUCCUACAUCUUGGUAGGACUGGUGGCUCGAUGGGAAUCGCAACAGCGGCUGCCCAAAGAUUCCUUUCGAGGUGUAUUGGCCAUGGCGUUUGUAGUCAAUGGAUACAUGGUGUUGGAACAUGCGCAGUUCAAGCGCAUGCCGCAAGACGGCAAAUUUCAUCAAAUUUGGGGACAACUCAACAUGGUCAAUGCCGCCAUUCUGGUGUACUCCAUCCAUUACCCCAAGAAUGUCAUUGCCCACGUACUGGGAUGGGCUCUCAUGGUAUUGACGGCCCUGUGGCUCAUCACUAUUGGAGUCUUUUGUUGUUGCUGGGAUUUGCCGGUUCAUCUGAUUCCCACGCUGUUGGGAAUAGAGGUACUCGUCUGCAUGGGCGCCAUUUUGAUCAUUGCCGUGUCCUGCAUUCCGCCUCAGCAAUCAACAACAAUAACAACCAACCACGAUUCUACAGGAGAAGAGUAUAAUCCCUUGAAGCAAGACGAGGAAGCCGGACUCGAGCACUAG